GUCAGCUGUGCAUCACCCACAGACAGGGGGAAGAGGAGGAGACCGACCACCCAUCCCCCCGCCAGAGCGCCACGGCCCGGGGACACCACCGGAACCGGGGAAGGAGGGGCCCGGACCGCUGCUCAGCUCAUGAGAUCAGUUAUCCGGAUCUGUAGCGGACUGGAAGGAGGAUGUUAAGCGCGGAGAGCCUGGACCGGGUGGAUCUGUGUGAGAGUCUGUUGACGUGGAUACAGACGUUUCAUGUAGAUGCACCGUGUAAAACCGUAGAAGACCUUACCAGUGGGGUGGCAAUGGCCAUGGUCCUUCAGAAAAUCGACCCUGCGUACUUUGAUGAGAACUGGUUGAACAGGAUUAAGACUGAUGUGGGAGACAACUGGAGGCUGAAGAUUAGUAAUCUGAAGAAGAUUUUAAAGGGUAUUUUGGACUACAAUCAUGAGAUUUUGGGACAUCAGAUAAAUGAUUUUACGCUUCCAGAUGUCACUUUGGUUGGAGAACACUCCGAUGCAUUUGAACUAGGAAGAAUGCUCCAACUUAUUUUAGGCUGUGCUGUAAAAUGCGAACAAAAGCAAGAGUACAUCCAGACCAUUAUGAUGAUGGAGGAGUCCGUACAACAUGUAGUGAUGACUGCCAUCCAGGAGCUGAUGAGCAAGGAAACUCCAGUCUCUAUUGGAACAGAUGCCUUUGCUGAACUUGACAAACAGCUAAAGAAAACGACAGAAGAACUGAAUGAAGCAUUGGCAGCGAAAGAGGAAAUUGCCCAGAGGUGUCACGAACUUGACAUGCAGGCAUACUCUAUCCAAGAGGAACGAGAUAAGCUGAGAUAUGAAUGUAAUGAGCUAGAAGAAAGGGUUGCGGCACUCCAAGAAGAGAAGAGCAGUUUACUCGCUGAAAACCAGGUUCUUGGAGAACGCUUAAACCAAUCUGAUUCCUUAGAAGAUCCUAACAGCCCAGCUGGGAGAAGGCACUUACAACUUCAGACCCAGCUGGAGCAGCUACAAGAAGAAACCUUUAGACUUGAAGCAUCCAAAGAUGAUUACAGAAUACGCUGUGAAGAGCUAGAGAAGGAGAUCACAGAACUGAGGCAGCAAAAUGAGGACCUAACAACACUAGCUGAUGAAGCACAGUCGUUGAAAGAUGAAAUGGAUGUGCUAAGGCAUUCCUCGGAUAAAGUAGCAAAGUUAGAGAGUCAGGUGGAAUCUUACAAGAAAAAGCUAGAAGAUCUGGGAGAUCUCCGAAGACAAGUGAAACUGCUGGAAGAAAAAAACACCAUGUACAUGCAGAAUACAGUCGGCUUGGAAGAGGAGCUCAGGAAAGCAAAUGCUGCUCGGAGUCAGCUGGAGACCUACAAGAGACAGGUUGUGGAGCUUCAGAAUAGACUGUCGGAAGAAUCUAAAAAAGCUGACAAAUUGGACUUUGAGUACAAGAGGUUAAAAGAAAAAAUUGACAGUUUACAAAAAGAGAAGGAUAGGCUGAGAUCGGAAAGAGAUUCUUUGAAGGAAACAAUUGAAGAGCUCAGAUGUGUGCAGGCUCAGGAAGGUCAGCUUACUACAGCAGGGCUAAUAUCAUUUAGUAGCCAGGAGUCGGGAGACAGCUUAGCAGCAGAAAUUAUCACUCCUGAAAUAAAGGAGAAACUGAUUCGCCUUCAGCAUGAAAAUAAGAUGUUAAAAAUUAAUCAAGAAGGAUCAGACAAUGAAAAAAUCACUCUGUUACAGAGCUUGCUUGAUGAUGCAAACACGCGGAAAAAUGAGCUGGAGACGGAGAACAGACUUGUAAACCAGAGACUUAUCGAAGUACAGUCACAAGUGGAAGAAUUGCAGAAGUCCUUACAAGAACAAGGAGCAAAAGCAGAAGAUUCACUUCUCUUAAAGAAGAAACUCGAAGAACAUUUAGAGAAGCUUCAUGAGGCUAACAAUGAAUUACAGAAAAAACGUGCAAUCAUUGAAGAUUUGGAGCCACGGUACAAUAAUAGCUCAAUGAAAAUUGAAGAAUUGCAAGAAGCAUUACGGAAGAAAGAAGAUGAAAUGAAACAAAUGGAAGAACGCUACAAAAAAUAUCUAGAAAAAGCAAAAAGCGUUAUUCGCACCUUGGAUCCAAAACAGAAUCAGGGAACGGGGCCAGAGAUCCAAGCUUUAAAAAAUCAACUUCAAGAAAAGGAUAAAAUGUUCCAUUCUUUAGAGAAAGAGUAUGAAAAAACAAAGACACAGAGAGAUCAAGAAGAAAAGCUGAUUGUUAGUGCAUGGUAUAAUAUGGGUAUGACUUUACAUAAAAAAGCUGCAGAAGACAGACUGGCAAGUACAGGUUCGGGACAGUCAUUCCUUGCCAGACAGAGACAAGCUACGAGUUCCAGAAGGUCUUAUCCAGGGCAUGUACAGCCAGCCACAGCGAGUGAUGUCAUUGCAUGACCGUGGCAUGAUACGCCGUCAGAUUUUGCAUGAAAGUUUGUGUUCGGACGGCCUAACCAGCAGACUAACCAUCAUUAGGGGCAGUGGUCUAACCUAUGCUUGCUUAAUGCUUCUACUUGAAGCACUUUGCACCUUUUGUCACAGCUUGGCAUCAAGGUAUUGUGCUUUUCUUUCUUUAUGUAUCUUAAGAACAAAAUGCACCUCAUAUGCAUCAGAUUCCUAGCAUGUAGCCUAUUACGCUACCAUUUAAUGCUGUUGCCUCUUCAAUAUAGGGGUGUAUAAUCAUAAACUGAGCUGCUAGACGUGCUGCACCCGAUAUAAGCCAACACUGGUUAUGGGCAAGGCUGCCUUCAAGCUUCAUAACGUGGACCGCACAUUUAACCACUUGUACACACUAAAAUGGCAGCAAAGAAGGAGUGGCGAUUGUACACGUAUAGGUUUCUUGUACACUUCCUUUGUAUAGACCAAUGAGUACAUUUUGUGAAUAUGACUGUUUACAUUUUCAUGUUCUCGUUUUCUUAAAAACAAGAUUUUAUUUUAAAUUAUAUUCUACAGCUUCUUGUAUCGAUUUCCCAAUAUCCUUUCUAUGGACUUCAUUUGCAUAUACUUACUGCCUUAGCCCUUAUUUAAAUAAACCAUGCUCGUAGGUUAAUGUAUUUGUACUAACACUUCUUGUAUUUCUAUAAAUCUCUUUGUAUUUAGACACAACGAGUCUCCGGCUCCAGUUUUGCCUGUUUUAUUGUAUAGAUUAAAAUGCAACUUUUUACCGCAGUAUUACUUUAUAUAGAACAUUUACUUUUUUUUUUUUUAAUACUGAUACCGAUGCAAGCUUUAAUGUGCGUUUUAUUUCAGCUGUUAUCAGGCUGUAAAGUAUAGGAGUCCAUUAAGCAUGGGGGGGUUGGUGCUGAUGGGAUAUUGUAUGUACGACUUAGAAAUGCAGUUCUGGUAUGAUUUAGUAAAUUUCGCUGUUUCAAACUUAGAACUAUAAUCAUGACAUGGAGACCCUUUUAUCAAAAUGGCAAAUUAAAUUCUGAGCAACUUUUGUAAUGUCGCUGCAACUUCCGUCCAAUGGGAGAGGCUUGGAGCGUUGUUGUUGUACCAUAGUCUGUCAAGCAUGAUGGAUUAUGUCUACCCAGCAUGCACUAGUUUUCCUUUGUACUCUAGUUGCUUGCCCAUUUUUGUUGUAGUUAUUUGUUUUAAAAUUAGAAAGUGACUAUAAAAAUCAUAUUAUAAUUUCUAUUCAUUAACAUUGUGUGUACACCACAUGAAUGGAACUGAAGGAGAAUACCCAUAAGCACUGCAUCUGUGGUACAUAGUAUAACAUUUUGGAAUUGACAUUUUGGUGACUAGACAUCGUGUAUAUAGGAUGAAUGAUUACUGUCAUUACGAACAUAAAAUGUACAUUUUUCAGUCAAUUCUUUCAGUGUAACCAGAAGUGUACUUUUGUUAAGGAACUUGUAAAUAAACUAUUUUAAAUGAAA